UGUUCCACAAUAGUGUUAACCAGGAAUGGCGCUGAAGGUGAACUUGAGCUGUAUCGAUUGCUUGUCCCAGAGUGCAAAUCAAAGUGUGUCCUCUCAUACCACAUCUGCCGGAGUCGCGACAACUCUGGCCAGUGUGCUCAUCUUUACCAUCGUGGUUGACAUCGUUGGAAACGUUCUCGUCAUCCUGUCUGUGUAUAGAAACAAGAAGCUCCGGAACGCAGGCAACAUCUUUGUGGUGAGCCUGUCGGUGGCUGACCUGGUGGUGGCGCUGUACCCCUACCCCCUGGCACUGCUGGCCAUCUUCCACAAUGGCUGGACCAUGGGCUCGCUGCACUGCCAGCUGAGCGGCUUCGUCAUGGGCCUGAGCGUCAUCGGCUCCGUCUUCAACAUCACGGCCAUCGCGCUCAACCGCUACUGCUACAUCUGCCACGGCCUGCACUACGACCACCUCUACACCACGCGCAACACCUGCCUGUACCUGCUGCUCACCUGGGUGCUCACCUGCCUGGCCACCGUGCCCAACUUCCUGGUGGGCUCGCUGAGCUACGACCCGCGCAUCUACUCCUGCACCUUCACGCAGACGGCCAGCUCCUCGUACACCAUCUGCGUGGUGGUGGUGCACUUCCUGGUGCCGCUGGCCGUGGUCUCCUUCUGCUACCUGCGCAUCUGGAUGCUGGUCAUCCGGGUCAAGAGCCGCGUCCAGCCGCCGGACUCGCGCCGGGGCCAGCGGGGCCGCGCCGGCGACAUGCGCAACUUCCUCACCAUGUUCGUGGUCUUCGUGCUGUUCGCCGUCUGCUGGGCGCCGCUGAACCUCAUCGGCCUGGCCGUGGCCAUCGACCCCGAGCGGGUGGCGCCCAGGGUGCCCGAGUGGCUGUUCAUCAGCAGCUACUUCAUGGCGUACUUCAACAGCUGCCUGAACGCGGUGGUGUACGGCCUGCUGAACCAGAACUUCCGCCGCGAGUACAAGCAGAUCCUCAUGGCGCUGUGCGCCCCGCGCACGCUCUUCAUGGACAGCUCAAAGUGCGCCACGGACGGAUUCAAGAGCAAGCAGUCACCAGCGGCGACCAACAACCACUUAGUGGAGGCCCAACUGUGAUUGGUUAGGGGUCAGGGGGUUACCACUGGUAGGGGCUAUGGUAUAGAAAUAAUAUAUAAUUUUUUAUAAUGUUGUCACUGGUUGUAUCAUUGUAGAACAUUAGUGCAGUGUUUGAAGUUUGAGUGUGUGUGUGUGUGUGUGUGUGUGUGUGUGUGUGUGUGUGUGUAUGUGUCUGUGUG